UGCGGCGGCGGCGGCGGCGGCGGUGGGCGCCGAGGAGCUGGGUGCGAGGUCCCUGACGCUCCGCCACCUUCCGCCUCUCCCCGCCGGGUGUCCGUGCUGGGUGCCGAGGCAGGGAAAGGCGCUCGCCUUGGCAGUCCCGGUCGUUUCGACACCGCCCUCCAUCUCGUCCCGAAGCCGCGGGCCUCGCUCGGUGUUGGGCGACUCUGCGGGGAGGCGGCGGCGGCUGCUGCCCUCCAGCCCUGCUCCUCCCGGGCCCCGCGCCCGCCGCUCCGCUCGCCUCCCGCUGGUUUUUUCUUUUCCCUUCUUCCUGGUCAGCCGGUGGGAGCAGGCGUAGAGCCGGGAGGUCUUCUGUGCUGAGGCGGCAGCUGCUCCUCCGGCUCCAUCAUGUCCGCGGGCGGAGACUUCGGGAAUCCGCUGAGGAAAUUCAAGCUGGUGUUCCUGGGGGAGCAGAGCGUUGGGAAGACAUCCUUGAUCACGAGAUUCAUGUAUGACAGUUUUGACAACACCUAUCAGGCAACAAUUGGCAUUGACUUUUUAUCAAAAACAAUGUAUUUGGAGGAUCGAACAGUACGAUUGCAAUUAUGGGACACAGCAGGUCAAGAGCGGUUCAGGAGCUUGAUUCCUAGCUACAUUCGUGACUCCACUGUGGCAGUUGUUGUUUAUGAUAUCACAAAUGUUAAUUCAUUCCAGCAAACUACAAAAUGGAUUGAUGAUGUCAGAACAGAAAGAGGAAGUGAUGUUAUCAUCAUGCUAGUAGGAAAUAAAACAGAUCUUGCUGACAAGAGGCAAGUGUCAAUUGAGGAGGGAGAGAGGAAAGCCAAAGAGCUGAAUGUCAUGUUUAUUGAAACUAGUGCGAAAGCAGGAUAUAAUGUAAAGCAGCUCUUCCGACGUGUGGCAGCAGCUUUGCCUGGAAUGGAAAGCACGCAGGACAGAAGCAGAGAAGACAUGAUUGACAUAAAACUGGAAAAGCCUCAGGAGCAGCCAGUCAGCGAAGGAGGCUGUUCCUGCUAAUGCACCGCGGCACCUUCACCCUGCUCCAGAAGCCCACUGCUUUGGCCCUCUUCCUCUCAUUGACUGCAGUGUGAAUAUUGGCUUGAACCUUUCCCCUCCAGUAAUAACGUAUGGCCACUCAUCAUUGCUGCCUGUCUCGUGGAGAUGAUCUGUUAGCUUCACAAGCACAAAAAAGUCAGUGUCUUCAUUAUUUGUAUUUUACAAAAAGCCAAAAGAUUGAGCAUAUUCCAGUGAUAACUUUAAAAAUUAGAUACAUUUUUCUUAACAUUUUUUCCUUUUUUAAUGUUAUGAUAAUGUACUUCAAAAUGAUGGAAAUUUCAGCAGUAGUGUCAAUGUGGCUUGGUUAAGAAGCAGUGUGCUCACAGCAGCACUUGGCCAACCUCCUUGAUCCCUCCAUGCUUUCCUCACCUUCACUUCGUCACCACUCCCUUUUCUUACCCCUUCACUUUCCUUCAGAACAGAUAGGAGGUAGCAAAGCACCAGUCUGUCCAGGCUCAUUGAAACUAUCCUUAAAUUUCAUAGACUCCUGCUCUAGGCAAAGGGCCAAGACAUGCAGCAUUAUUAUUGAGCACUGAUAGGAAUUACUUGAAGUCAAACACAGCUGUCUUGGUAGGCAGUGCUUGAAUGAGGGAAGGUUCUGGUGCCUCUUCAGACGAGUCCUGAGGAACAUCCUGAGUAAUUACAAGUAGAACAUAGAUUUCCCACGAAAACCAAAUAACCCUUUCACACAUGUUUUCUUAGACUUUUGGAGAGAAAAGUAACAAUGCUUCAGAACAAUUUUUUUUUAAUAUUCAAUUCUAAAUAGUAAAUCAUAAAAUUCUAAUGAAUUGAUUUCUCUCAAGAUUUUAAAAUACUCAAGGUAGCGUUAUUCUGUUUGGGAAAAAAAGCCUUUCUGAGCAAUAGAGUUUGCAUUUUUUUUGCUAUACAGGUGAGGCACUAUAUAAAUCAAAUUCCUUUUGGAAGGACAAUGGAAGAAUUUAAAUUUGGCACUGUAACCAAAACCACUACACUAAGUAGAGAUAACAGUAUCAACAAAAGAACCCUCAUGGAAUAGUAAAGACUGCUCAGGACAUUUGAGGUCAAAUAAAGAUGGAAACAACUUUCUUUGGUAAGCCUUUAGAGGCAGAUUAGAAAAAAUGUACAUCAAAGAGGGAAAGGAGAGAAUGCAAAUAAAACUUAAUAUUAUGCAGAUUUAUGCCUUAUUUUUUAGCAUUUUUUAAAUGUUGGGUCUUUCAGGUUGGUUUUGCUUUUUAUUAGAUCUGUAUAGUUUGGUUAAUUGACUAGUGAUUUAGUUUUAUAUUUAAGCUGCAAUUAAUCCUUUCUUCGGUGAUAUUUAUUUCUUUGCCUUUUUUUUUAACUUCAAUAUUUAGAUAUUUUGUUGGGUCUGUUUGGAGCUUCAUCACCAUGGCAAUAUGUAUUCCCUUAAAACACUGCAAACAAAUAUACUAGGAGUGCACCCUUUUAAUCUUUACUAGUUAUUGUGAGAUUGCUGUGUAAGUUAAUAAACACAUUUGUAAAUACAUUAUUUGCAGGAAGAAAAUUUCUGAGUUGUAACUCAGAAAAAGCCUGCUGAAUUUAUGUUGUAAGCAUUACUUAACACAGUAUAAAGAUGAAAAGACAACAAAAUAUCUUCAUAAUUCCUUAUCUCCUCAUUGCAACAAAACCCUUAACAGGGAAACCGUAUUUCCCUGUUCAUCCUCCACUCCUCACUUCUUGUCACCUUGUACCAUUCAGAGAGCACUCGCUCGGAUUAUGGUCUGGAUAGAGAAAUGUUUUCACAUAAUCAUUAGCCCACCUACCCGUAACUCAUACUCAAAGAUGGGAUGGAGUUGUAAAGUGCUUUUAUAAGACAAUAUUAUUGUUAAAGGCAAGGAUUGACUCUUUUGUUUUAUUUUGACAUGGCAUGUCCUGAAAUAAAUAUCAAUUCAAUAUGGCA